ACCGCAUUUUUCCCUUUUCUUAGUUCUACCUACAACGGUGACUCUUUCACGGUGUCUUCGUCCUUAUACGUUCUGUUUUAGUCAUACUCAAUCGUACUCUCUAGUCUAAGCGAAUUUCCAGGCACUUACCUGCAUCCCGAUUCCUUAUGGCUAAUGAUGUCUCCUUGGACAAGCGUCAAUUCCAAUGCAAAGGCGGCGCUGAGCACGAUCCUCUAUGCGUAUUUCCAAAUCCCGAUGACCCUUCCCAGUCGUCGUACCAGCACCCACGCGUCGAACUUGCCCUUCCUGAAAGUCCAUCGGCGCCAGCGCCCGCCCAGCACCAAGUUCCCGCCGAGAUUCUCAUAGAAAUUUUCUCACGCGCUUCAAGUCUGGACACUUCGUGUUGCAUUUUCGACAUACGGCACCAUUCCUGGACCAUUUCGCAGGUCUGCAGGUCAUGGCGAUCCGUGUCGACUUCCAUGUGUCCUGCGAUGUGGUCAAAGAUAGACAUUGACUUUAAUGGCGACUUGGACGAAUUGAGGGGAAAGAGGGAUCCUAUCUCAAUGCUUCGAACGGUGCUAUCUCGAUCGGGCCAACACGUAUUGGAUAUCGAAUUCCUCAUGUCCUACCGUGCGGAGGAACCGUUCCAGUGGGCCAUGUGGGAACAAGUGGCUGCUCAUGCAGAGCGCUGGUCAAAGAUCUAUCAUACCCUCGGUCAUCAGGAACCGUCUCAUCUCGCCUGUCUUCGUGGGCGACUCGUGCAAUUGGAGGAGUGCUACAUUCAGCGCGACUAUAACCAUCCAGGGCCAAGCCCUGAUCUCAUUGAUGCAUUCGAACACACGCCGAAACUGAAGCGGAUGACUCUGGUUGGUCUAGGUCCUACUACACUUGUUCCCGUCUCGUAUGCCAAUCUCGAGUCCUUUAAAGACCAAAGGAGGCAUUGGCAUGCAUCGGAUGCGAUACACACGUAUUUCAUCAGCCUACUGCAUCAUUCCCCAAAAUUAACAGAAUUUCAUACAUCAUAUCAUUGUGUUGGAGCGCGCGCCGCCUGGCCGCGUAUAUCGAAACCAGCUAUCACGUACUUCUCAGGCUGCGAGGAGACCUUAUUCCAUAGUCUCUCCCUUCCGCAACUGAAGCACGCCAACCUCUUUCGAACUCUCGAGGACAUUGCAGGUUGCUUAGGAGAUUUCCAUGAUCUUCUCUCCCACUCACAGUGCCACACUCUUACCCAUUUGUCCAUUUCCGACGUCCAUCUGAAUGAAAGUUUACUUCCCAUCUUCCGAUUAUUACCUGCUCUAGCCUCUUUCAGCGUCCGAGUCAGGGCGCGCGAUUGGCAUAUUAGCGACGAUGACAGCGUGCAGAGUCUCUUCCGCCAUCUAUUAGAGUCGCCUGAGCUCGUCCCACGUCUAGAGAGCAUCACGUUCGAUCUAGUUCUUUGGUAUGAGUGGUCCCGGGUUUUCUUUUUUAAUCAAGAGAUGGUGGACAUGAUUGAGGCGCGGCGAGCAUCCUCGUUGAGGAAGUUCCAGGUCACCUCGACAUUUUCAGAUUAUGGUGUGGACACGUUCUGUGAUUGGACUGAUGAUGAUCUCAGGCGGUUGCAUAAGAUGAAAGCUGGGGGCUUCGAUGUUGCAAUUGUUGCCUACCCGUAUCACGAACCGGAGGAGCGUCGUAUUUAUGUGUAGCUUCUGGACGAAAUUGAUUCUUGCAUUCAUGUCAGAUAGAGGCUAGUAGUCGGAUAAGAGAGAAAUGGUAUUCGUUGUUUAUUGAAACGGGAAGCUGACUCUAGCGCCCUUUAAACUGUAAACUGUAAGA